UGUAAGAUUACUUUACCCAGGAGAAAUUUAGCAAAGGAGACUUAACAGCACCCAGAAAAAAAUUAAAAUGUGCCGAGGACUAUCAUCACUACCAAGCUGCUGCUUAGAGAGGGCAAAGGGGAUUAAAACUCGGUUAGGAGUUUUUCUACAGGUGUCAGAGAAAUCCUACAGUUCUGUUCAAGCAAAGAAGGAGAAAGCAGAUUCCAGGCCCUCUUCAGAAGAAGCAAAGAAAUGGAGACAUUCACUGGAUAAGAUGCUUUCUCAUAAAUAUGGUCUAUCUGCCUUCAGAGCAUUUCUCCGUUCCGAAUACAGUGAGGAGAACAUUGAGUUCUGGCUGGCCUGUGAGGAUUACAGAAAAACCAAGUCUCCUGCAAAACGAGCUUCUAAAGCAAAGAAGAUUUAUUUGGAAUUUAUAGAGACAGAUGCUCCAAAAGAGGUUAAUAUUGAUUAUGAAACAAAAGACUUCACUAAGAGGAACCUUCAGAAACCCAGCCGCUCCAGCUUUGAUGUGGCCCAGAAGAAGAUUUAUAACCUGAUGGAGAAAGAUUCCUAUGCCAGGUUCCUGAGAUCAGAUGUAUACCUAAACCUGAUUAAACAAACAGAGAGAACCUCCAACCUGGCAGAAGUCAAUAGGCAGUCCCAGACGUGAAAUUGAAGGGAGUGCCUCUUGGAAAGAUCUUAACAGAGUAACUGAUGAAAGCUAAGGCCACAAAUGGAAGGCAUACAGCCAAGUGCGGAUGGAAAUUAGAGAGAGAUAUUACUUUGUCAGACAGCACAGUUUGGAUGCAAAGGAUUUUCCAAAGAAUUGGACAGACACAGAUGUAUCUAUGAUAUUUGUGAAUGCAUUGCAUAAGAAAGUGAAGAUGUGCACUGCAGUGAGAAGUGAUGGGACAUUAUAUUUUCACAGAAGUGUUUUUAUGUUUAUUGUAUAAAUUAUUUAUUGUCUAACUAAUAUUAUAGAAUACAUUGUACAAAAUACAGUUUGGAAAGUAUCUGUGAAAAAUUAGUACUGAUGUUCCUUUAGAAAACUGGUGCUUGCCUUCUGUAGCAGUGUCAAGGUUUUCAAGUUGAAAUAUGUGAGACUAAAACAGCAAACAAUUCCUCUAAGUUUGGAACACAUUCUUUAUGCUCAAUACUGUACUCCAUAAAGCAUGUGUUGCCGCACAAGACAUGCUAACCAAAUAAUUUUAAAGGAAAUAUUUGAAAAUCUUUUUACAAGAGCCAAAUUCAAAAUGAACAGUAAAGCAUUAAAGGCGGAAGCAUGUUUAAUACACAUCAUGAACUUGUAAAAGGGUUAGGUUGAGGUUUUGAUAGUGAUUACUAAUGUGCUGAAUGUUACUGAAUUCUCAAAAUAUCUCAACAUUGCCACUUGUUCUCUUAACAACAUUUGCAAUGUUGGUUUACUUGCAAUUACAAUUUCCAACCAAACACUGUUCUGUUCUAACGCAGUUCAGACUCCAAACUGGCACAGAAUAUUUAUAACUGUGUUGUACUAAAGUUUUGUUACUAAUUUAUUGUCUCACACUGUUUUGUACAUAAAUUAUUUAUAUUCAAUUUUCUCCCAAGUGGAAUUACUAAGAGGUGCAAUAAAAAAACUGUUGCACCAUUAAAA